UCUUCUUCUUCUUCGUCUUCUUCUCUACUUAUGCAAGAACAAGAACAUCUCAUGAGCAAAGUGUGAUUUAUCAUUUAUCUCCUCUUUUAUGCAUAGAAUUUGGGUCUAGACCCAUAUGGAUAUGUCAGGCUCUCAGUGGACUAGUGGGUGUGACUCUGGUUGGACACUCUACUUAGACCAAUCCUCUUAUUCUAAAACCCAAUGCCACAGUUUUGGUGGUGCAGAGGAAGAGGCUUAUAGAGGAGGAGAAGGAGCGAGAAUGGAGCAUGAUGAAGAAGAUGACUUGUCGAUGGUCUCCGAUGCAUCAUCUGGGCCUCGACAUUGUAAUGCAGACCAUGACGGGUGCUCUGGUGAAUUGGAAAAGGGAAACAAAAGGAAUAAUAAGAAGAAGAAGAAGGUGAAGAGCAGAGAACAUUGUACAAAUCCACAUCAAUACUCAUCCCUUGAUGACACUGCUAGCUCUUCUGUAUUGGGCUCUCCCAAGGAUGCAAGUUUCUCUAGAAAUGAUGAAGCUUCAAUGGACCAUGUUUUGGACUCCUCACAAGGAUUCUCAGCAACAAAUUUCAGGCAGGGAAAAUCUGCAUUGAAGAAUCAGUUGGGAUUGUUUCCUUCAUUCAAAGAAUCUGGUAGUUGGCGAGGAAGAAGAAAGUCACAGUGACAGAUAGCAUCAUCAGAACUGCAGCUGCUUUGGAGAGGGGAUGUAAAGCAAAAUGGAUUAUAUUUUAGAUAUGUAAGAGACAUCUCAAUAUAUGUUUUUCUCUUCAUUUUUGUUCUUCUCCAAUUCUACUUCUUUUUGUUUGUUUCUGUCAAUGCUGGAGGAAACAAUAUUCAAAAAAAAUUUUAAAA